GCCGUCUCUGAUGGCUGAAGCCAGGCAAAUGUGUCACAAGACACCCGCAAUGCUCCCCAGUGGGAGAGACCAGACCUGGGCACUUUGACUUCUAGAAUCCACAGGCCUUUUACCUAGCCACCCAGAGCCCUGUACAUUUCUGAACACAGUCCCUCCAGCAGAGAGCACUGGUGCAUUUCCCUUCUCAGCCCCUCUCCACGUCCAGAAGGCUGGCUUUCCCGGACUGCUCUGUGGGGUCAAUUCUCAGCCCCAAGCCUGAGCCUGAACCUGUCCUCCAGCAAGACCCAGUGCACUUUCCUCUGCUGCAUUUUUCUCCAUUUGCCCCUUUUAUUUUUUUUUAGAUUUUUUUCCCUUUUCAUUUGAAUGAAUCCCUUAAAACAGGAGUAAAACUUUAACCGAAUGAGCUGAUUAAAGUUUAUAUAAUCCUCUCAAGGACCCUUCAAUCAGGAUCUUUUUGCCGCAAGGGGGAAAACAGGAUCUAGGAAGAUUUCAGCACCUCUAACAAAGGUGCCUAGUGACAUUUGCAAAGCAGGUGACUGAUGGUGGAUUUUAACAAGCCCUGUUUUGUUUGCCUUAGAAGGAACACCCCUUCUGCUGGGCUACCUGGAAGAUUCACAGACACAGGGACUCUAAUCUCAAGCCACAGGUGAAAAUUCAUGGCAGACGCACCUCGAUCAAACUAAAAAGCUCUUUUGCCAGCUCUCCUGUGGAUAUUUCAGCACUGGGAGCAACUCCGCAGCAGCAUAUUAGGUAAACGCCAAAUCUCUCCAGGGCUCCAAGGACUCUUCCAUCAGCUUUCUAAAGCCCCAAUCUGUUGCACACCAGAUUCCCCUUGAGGGGAGUGACCUCCGGAGCACUGGAUCUAGGAGCGUGACAUUCAAUUACAGAAGGAGACGCAUUAGCUCAGAGGCAGCAGCAGCCCCAUAAUCACCGUUCUGGUUUGAGAUCCAUGCAGCUCUAGAAGUAUUUUGAAUCCUGCAGUAUUUUUUUGUAGCCUGAGGUUAUUUCUGAGGACAAGGUGCUUCCAGCGGGACCAUGUCUUUCGCCGAAUUCUUACAGCAGGUGGGCGGUAUGGGACGUUUCCAAAUUAUCCACACAACGUUGCUUACCAUCCCCAUUGUGCUGAUGGCCAGCCAUAACCUCCUGCAGAACUUCACCGCUGCCAUCCCAGGGCACCAUUGCCAAGUCCAUAUCAAUGCCAACAACACCGGCUAUCCUAAUGCCACCCUGCGCCUGGACUCCCAGGACCUGCUCCGAGUCGCCAUCCCCAUGGAUGGGAACCAGCAGCCGGAGAAGUGCCGCCGCUUUGUCACCGCUCAGUGGCAGCUCCUAGACCCCAAUGUCACCGAGCCCAAUGGAACUCAGCUGGACACAGAGCCCUGCACGGAGGGAUGGACCUAUGAUAGGAGCAUGUUCACCUCCACCAUCAUUACUGAGUGGGACCUGGUGUGUAACUUGCAGAAGUUCCGGCAGAUGGCUCAGUCAAUCUACAUGGCCGGGGUGCUGCUGGGAUCGCUCGUGCUAGGCGGUCUCUCUGACAGGUUUGGACGCAAGGCAAUGCUGAUCUGGUCCUUUCUGCAGCUGGCUGUGAUGGGAACCUGCACGGCCUUCGCCCCCAGUUACAUCUUCUACUGUAUCUUCCGCUUCCUGGGUGGGAUGGCACUGUCUGGCUUUGGGCUCAGCAUCGCCUGCCUGAUUGUGGAGUGGAUCCCCACUGAGUUCCGCACCAUCACCAUUGCGAUCACAGGAUUCGUCUACACCCUGGGCCAGAUCCUACUGGCGGGCUUGUCAUAUGGCAUCCCAGACUGGCGCGGGCUCCAGCUGACUGUGUCUUUGCCUUUCUUCUUCUUCCUCAUCUAUUCCUGGUGGUUCGCAGAAUCUGCUCGCUGGCUGAUUCUAGCAGGUAAAGAUGACAGAGCAGUGAAGGUGCUCCAAAGGGUUGCCAGAAUGAAUGGGAAACGGGAAGAAGGGGAGAAGAUUACCACAGAGAUCCUAAAAUCCAAAAUGCAGAAGGAACUGUCAACGGUGAAGUCCUCCUACACUAUCUCGGAUCUGGUACGCACGCCCGCAAUACGCCGGAUAUUCUGCUGCCUCUCAAUUGUGUGGUUCUCUACCAGUUUCUCCUAUUAUGGGCUGGCCAUGGACCUGCAGAACUUUGGCGUCAGUAUCUACCUGAUCCAGUUGAUUUUUGGAGCUGUCGACUUCCCAGCCAAAGUGGUGGUCACCAUCUCCAUGUCCUACAUUGGGCGCAGGAUCACGCUCUCAGCCUUCCUCCUCCUGGCGGGGCUUGUCAUCAUUGCCAACAUCUUUGUGCCCAGAGAGCUGCAGAUAGUCCGCACAUCACUGGCUGUGAUUGGGAAGGGAUGUCUUUCAGCUGCGUUCAACUGUGUGUUUCUGUUCACAACCGAGCUCUACCCUACACCGAUCAGGCAGACCGGACUGGGCUUUGGAAGCACCAUGGCCCGGAUAGGAGGUAUUGUGGCUCCCUUGGCCAAGAUGUUGGAUGAAUACUUCUCCUUCCUGCCGCCAUUCGUCUACGGUGCUGCCCCAAUCAUCUCUGGCAUUGUGGCCACCUUCCUCCCGGAGACUCUCAACCAACUACUGCCAGACACUGUGGAGGAGGUGGAGAGCAGGUCCCAAAUGAAGAGGGGUAAAGACACCAAAGAGAAGAUUCCCCUUCAGAACCAGAAGAAAGUUCUGCUCAAAGAGACUUGCCCCGGCACCAUGAGUUUUGCCGAGCUCUUAGACCACGUUGGGGGGAUGGGUCGCUUCCAAAUCAUCUAUGUUAUCUUACUGGCUCUUCCAGUUUUCAUGAUGGCCAGCCAUAACCUCCUGCAGAACUUCACUGCUGCCACCUCUGAGCACCACUGCCAUGUCCAUAUCAACAUCAACAACACUCCUUACACCAACCUCACUGGAAAGCUCGCUGCCAAGGACCUCCUCAGGGUCUCCAUCCCCAUGGACAGCAAGCUGCAGCCAGAGAAGUGUCACCGCUUUGUCACUAUGCAGUGGCAGCUCCUAGACUCCAACGCCACUGUCACAAACCUGACCGAGCUGGAGACUGAACCCUGCGCUGACGGGUGGGUGUACGACAAGAGCAUUUUCACCAGCACCAUCAUUACAGAGUGGGACCUGGUGUGUGACUCCCGGCAGCUGAAGCAGAUGGCUCAGUCCAUCUACAUGGCUGGGAUCCUGGCAGGAGGCAUCCUCUUUGGAGGUCUGUCAGACAGGUUUGGCCGCAGGUCUGUCUUGAUCUGGUGCUACUUGCAGAUGGCUGUCACGGGCACCUGCACUGCCUUCUCGCCCAGCUUCACUGCCUACUGCAUCUUCCGUUUCCUGACUGGAAUGGCCUUCUCGGGCAUUGUGAUGAACGGUGUCUCUCUGUCUGUGGAAUGGACACCGACCCGCACACGGGCCAUUGUGGGCACCAUGUAUGGAUACUGCUACACAAUCGGGCAGUUCAUUCUGGCUGGGAUGGCUUACGCCAUCCCCAACUGGCGCUGGCUGCAGCUUGUGGUGUCUUUGCCCUAUUUCAUCUACUUCAUCUACUCCUGGUGGUUUGCGGAGUCCGCCCGCUGGCUGGUGAUAGCCGGCAGACACAACGAGGCAGUGAAGCAGCUCCAGAGAGUGGCCAGGAUAAACAGAAAGAAGGAAGAAGGAGACAAACUCAACACAGAGGUCUUGAGAUCCAACAUGCAGAAAGAAAUAGCCUCUGCAAAGAGCAGCUAUACCUUCAUCGACCUGGUGCGGACCCCUGUCGUACGCCGGAUCUCCUUCUGCCUCUGCUUUGUAUGGUUCUCCACCAGCUUUGCCUAUUAUGGGUUGGCCAUGGACCUGCAGAAUUUCGGUGUCAAUAUCUUCUUGAUCCAGCUGGUCUUUGGAGCUGUCGAUUUCCCAGCGAAGUUCAUCUCGGUCCUCACAAUCAGCUUCAUCGGGCGCCGGUUCACACAGGCCUUGGCCCUCAUCCUGGCUGGACUCUCUAUCCUAGCCAACAUCUUUGUCCCACAAGAUCUGAAGACCUUGCGCACCAUUCUGGCUGUCUUUGGAAAAGGCUGUCUUGCUGCCUCCUUUAACUGUGUCUACCUCUACACGAGUGAGCUGUAUCCCACAGUGAUUAGGCAGACCGGCAUGGGUUUGAGCAACACCAUGGCGCGCCUGGGCAGCAUCACUGCCCCAUUGGUAAAGAUGUUGGAGGAAUACAUUCCCUUCCUGCCACUGAUCAUUUAUGGAGCUGCCCCAAUCAUCUCCGGCAUUGCAGCGACCUUCCUGCCCGAGACGCUCAACGUGCCACUGCCUGAGACCAUAGAGGAGGUGGAGACACGAUCCAGGCAUCUGAGAGAUGAUGAACAACAAAUGAAGAUCCUUCUGCAACCCACCAUGCCAGACCCAGCCAAGGAAGCCAGUUAAGGAAAGAAAAAAUGAGUAACUGUGGUAGGGUCUACGGGUAAAAUUUUCAAAAGUGCCUUAGGAGCCUAUGUUCCAUUUUCACCAGUGACUUAGCCACUCCCAUGCCUCAUCUACCUGAGCACUUCUGAAAAUCCCACUGGGCACUUAUCUGAAUCUCUUGGAACCUAAGUACCUUUGAAAGUGUGGCUCCCAAUCACUUUUGAAAGUGGGGGCUUAGGCACUUUUGAAGACUCCACCCUAUCUCUUUUACUGUUUUAAUCAUAGCAGAAGUAAUAUGCAGGCAUCAGUGACAAAUCCAUAGGGGUUGAAUUUUGCACUUAAUGCAGGGAAUCAACCUCUUCAAAAAGCAUGUUGACCUCCAAAUCACAGCAGGAAUUUAUACCAUGGGACCUGCUGGUGUGUAAGGUGGGGGACACGACUCAAUUACUCUAUAUAGCUCCUCCAUGUAGUUCAAAACCUGGUGUUGCACUCUGCUGGGAUCCAACAUAUGGUACCCAACAGCUCAGCAAAUAUUUUUGGGCCAGAUCCUCAGCAAGUGUUAAUCCACGUAGUUGAGGAUUGACCCAGUACUGCAGGACAGUCACAUGGUGGCAAUUCUUAAGGGAAUUCUGUAAGAAUAUGUACAGAAAUGGUGGCAGAAUAUAGGAACUGCUGGACUGAUCACAGCCAAGGUCCAUGUAGUCUCUCUGACAGUGGUCAGCAAUAGAUGCCUUAUAGGAAGGUGUGAGAAAUCUGCAGUGGGCAGAUAUGAAAUAAUCUCCCCAACAUUAAGUCUCAUCCUGAUCUUGAAUAGUCAUUAAAGUUGGGCAAAACAUGGAUUUUUCAGCUCACUCGCAAUUUGGAAAAAUCAAGGGAAAAAACAUUUUGGCUGAAAAUGAAAUUGUUCAAAAUUUUCAGCAAAUCAAGAAGAGUAAAAAAUUUGUUUCAAACUAAAUAUUUUGCUUUGAUUGCGAAUUGCUUUUAAACUUUAGUAUUUUGUAUAAAAACAAUUAAAGGAAAUUUCUAAACGAAGUUGUUUCAAAUCGAAAGAUCAAAACAUUUAGACUUUCAGGAUUUUUCCCCCUGAAACAAACAAUUCAGCAAAACCAACAUGAAAUCAUGAACUAUUGUAGUGUCACCAAAUCUGCAUUUUUCAUCCCAAAACAGUUUUGGUUGAAAAAUUUCUCACAGCUCCACUAGUCACAGAUUGGCUUAAGGCCCAAAGCAUGAGGUUUAUAUGCCUUCUAAAACUUUGUUUUAUUACUGAUAUUCCUGUUACCCAUAGAGAUGUCCAGUCUCCCCUUUGUAUCUUGCUAAGUUGUGGCCUCGAUGUCAUCCGGUAUCAGUGAGUUCCACAGUCUAACACUGUCAUGUCAGAAAGGAUAUUUCCUUUGUUCAGUUUUGAAAACUGAAAAGGGAACCCAGGAGUCCUGAUUCUCAGCUUCCCCUGCUCUAGCCCACUACAUUUCACUUCCCUCAGAGUCAGGAGUCCUGACUCCCAACCCCCCCCCCCCCCGCCAAACACAUACACACGCUAACCUCCCCUCCCAUUCCAGAGCUGGGAAUGGAACCUGGGAGUCCUGACUCCGAGCCCCAUCUGCUCUAACCAUUAGACACUACUCUCCAGCCAGAGCUGGGAACAGAGCUCAGAAGUCCUGACCCUCAUUCCUGCUGCUCUGACCCAUUAGACUCCAUUCCUUCCAGAACUGGUAACCAAACCCAGGAGUCCUGAUUCUCAGCCCCUACUCCCUUAACCACGAGACCCGACUCCCCUCACAGAGCUGGGAAUGGAACCCAAGAAUCCUGAUGCCUAGUUUUAACCACCAGACCACUCAAUUAUGCCAGUAUAAAUCAAGACUGAAGGGGUGACUACAGCUUGAGCAGUCAUACCUGAGCUGGCUUUACUCUUGCUAGCUCAGGUACCAGAGCAAUACUUCAGCACAGGCUGUACAAGCCUGUCUGGAACCCUGGGUCAUUAGCCACAGGUCUAGCCCAUGCUGAAGCAUGUGCUGCUGCAGCUUGACUGUUCUGGGAGCCAAGCUAGCAAGAUUAAAACGAGCUGGGGUAUGUCUGCUCCAGUUGCAAUUGCAGCCUCUGACUGCAGCACAGACAGACCCUAACUCAACUGCCUUGGUUGGAUUUGAGAAUCUGUCUCCUUGUCCCCAUGCUGUGUGUUAAUAAAAUGCACAUUUUCAUGUUAAAAAAAUCCAGUUAACAGGAUCAAAAUGUGGCUCAUCCCGAUCCAUGUAGGGUUUAAACUCCACCUAGAACUGGGGCAAAAGCAUCUAUUUACUGUACAAAGAAAAUACCUAUGUGAAAUGCUGUCGCAAAUAAACAGUUUC